AUGAACACUCCAAUUGCAAUUUUCCUUGUAUCCUUUUUCAUCUUUCUUGUCAACUUGAUCAGGUUGAAAACCAGCAAUAGAAACAAAGGAGUCUCUCUUCCCCCAGGCCCGACCCCAUGGCCAAUUGUUGGUUGUGUACCAGAAAUGUGGAGGAACAGGCCAGCAUAUAAAUGGGUGCAUAGGGUUUUGAAAGAACUCGACACUGACAUUGCAUGCAUAAAAUUAGGAAAUGUUCAUGUCAUCCCAGUGAAAUCACCAGAAAUUGCCAGGGAGUUUUUGAAGAAAAAUGAUGCAGUUUUUGCAUCAAGACCUGUCACAAUGGCAACUGAUCUUUUAAGCAGCGGGUUCUUGACCACAGGUGUUGUGCCUUGGGGAGGCCAGUGGAAAAAAAUGAGAACAGUUUUGAUUGCUGACGUGUUCAAUCGUUCUAAGGUUCAAUGGCUACUUGGUAAGAGAAACGAAGAAGCUGAUAACCUUGUUAAGUUCCUAUACAAUCAGUGCUCGUCCAAUCCCAACGGUUCGGUGUUGAAUGUGAGAACUGCAGCUCAAUUUUACUCAGGAGGUGUGAUGAGAAGGAUGAUUUUCAACACGAGGUACUUUGGCAAAGGGAGAAAGGAUGGAGGGCCUGGCUUUGAAGAAGAGCAACACGUUUCUGCGCUUUUGACUAUACUCUUGCAUGUGUACGCUUUCUGCGUAUCGGAUUAUCUUCCAUGGCUUAGAGUGUUUGACAUAAGUGGCCAUGAGAAAAAGGUAAGGGUUGCUUUGAAGAUCAUCAAGCAAUAUCAAGACCCUCUUAUAGAUGAGAGGUUGAAAGAAUGGAGAGAUGGAAGGACGAAGGAGACUGAGGACCUGCUUGAUGUUGUCAUUUCACUCAAAGAUGCAAAUGGACAGCCCUUAUUGUCAGGUGAAGAAAUUAAAGCUCAAAUCACGGAACUGCAGCUUGCAACAGUGGAUAAUCCGUUCAAUGCAGCGGAGUGGGCUCUAUCAAUAAUGCUCAACCAACCUGAGCUGCUAAAAAAGGCAGAAGAAGAACUAGAUAGGGUAGUUGGAAAGCAGAGGCUUGUUCAAGAGUCUGAUGUCCCCAAGCUCCCUUACGUAAGGGCUUGUGCAAGAGAAGCACUUAGGCUGCAUCCAGUUGCACCAUUCAACCUCCCCCACAUGUCCAGCACAGACGCUGUAGUCGCAGGCUACUUCAUCCCAAAAGGGAGCAGUGUUCUGCUAAGCCGCUUAGGUCUCGGGCGCAACCCGGAAGUGUGGGAAAACCCACUGAGAUUCGACCCAGAACGACAUCUAAAAGGAGAUGCUGAUCAACAAGUGGAUCUGGAAGAGCAUGAGCUGAGGUUCAUUACAUUCUCUACUGGACGGAGAGGAUGCAUGGGGAGUGGGCUUGGGACUACCAUAACUAUCAUGCUCCUAGCAAGGCUUUUGCAAGGGUUUACUUGGAGCAUGCCACCCAAUGUGGAUAAGAUUGACCUCACUGAGGCUCUCUCCCUCUUCAAGGCCAACCCUUUGUUUGCACAUGCUAAACCUCGCUUGCCUGCUUCUCUCUACAUGGUUUAG